AUGCAGGUCGUCAUCCCCGAUCUCGACGACAAGCAAAUUUUUGCCCCUCCACGUCGCAUCCAGUCUCCGGCUGCCUCGGUCUCGGGCUCUCUCAACCACGCUAGCUCGGGCACCUCCUAUGACGAGCCUCCGCCUGCCUCGAGUCGCCAAUUGCAAAACAUCACAACAAACUUGCCAGGUCCUUCCAACUGGACAGAACAGGCGUCUGCCUUCUACUCGCCCACAUCGCAUACCCACAACGCCUAUCCGCAGUCGUCCUCCCAGUCGCCCAUAUACCCCAACGCUUCUUCCGGUCCCUUUCGCGGUGCUGCACUCGGUUGGCAUGGCAGAUCAGGCAGCGCCACCAGCGACUCGUCCGCCGGCGGUUUUGGUGGCCUUGGAUUCCGUAUGCCACCUUCCACCAACUCGCAUCAGACUCGGUCAGAUCUAGAUCACUCUAGCAGCAACACUUCCAACCUCAAUUCAGCUUUCGGUGCUCCAUCUGCCUCAGCCGCAGCUUCCUCGGCAGGCUUCAGCUUCCCUACUAAGCGUCCCUCCUACUCUUCUCUUCGCUCGCAGAUGCGUGUCCAUCAGCAAAACGAUGUCGAACCUUCUUCACAGCAGUACUGGCCUACCACUCCACGGGAUCCGCCUCGCCUUGACAUCCCCACUCCUGGCUCGGACGCCGGUGAUCUUACAGCUGGCUAUCGCUCCGGUCUGUCCACUCCUCGACCGCCACCGCCUGCGCCCAAUUUUCAACAGCAACAUCAUGAUUAUCCGUCGCCUGGCUUUCAUUCGCCGCCGGAACGAUCUGCCCCUCUCGCCUCGGCACGAGAUCGCAGUGAUAGCUACACGUCGUCACCGUCCCGUCACGCAGGUCACAGUGCCUCGGCAUCGCGCUCUUCCCGCUACAAUCACUCAUCCACUGCUUCCUACCAUUCCGACUCACAUCACUCCGUCGGAGGCAUCAGCAGUACCGCAAGCAGCGCUGUCAACCACUAUCCUGGCUCCGUCGUCGAUCUCCCGCCUGUGCCUCCACUCCCCACAUCGGCCGACAGCAUUUAUGCCGACAUGCCUGUCACCCCUGGCGGCCAUACCAACAAUGCUGCUUUCCAACUUCCCCGCGCUAUGGCCAGCACCACGUCCUUCGACAACUCGGAGUUCGGUGGCAGUCCACUCAAGCUCAGCACACGCCAACUUCGCGAAGAUUUUGCUCAAAUACGUCCUCCUCCGCGUCCAUUCGACGACAACGAGGAAACUUCGAGCGGCGAUCAUGCACAGUGGUCCGGCACACAGCGCUCUCGUCGCAAACCUAUGCAGCCUUCUGACAGGCGUGGUCAGAGCCCUCCCUCGGCGCGUCCCACAGCUCUCGCCAUCAGUCUCGGCGCCGAAGGUCUUGGUCAGCUUCCCGCUGGCAUCGGUACGCCUGAUCCGCAGGCCCCCGUCGAAUACGCGCUCAAUAUCUUGAUGAGCCGCUUCAUCACGCUAGCAUCUGCCAAAGUCAAGAGCGCGCUCGACUCGGCUCAAGACCAUGAUCCGCAGCUUCUCUGUACCCUUACACCAGAAGAUGAUGCUCUCUUCGAUUCGGUUUGCGAUUCGCUGGCCCAUAUCUCUCGCAAAGGCGCUGCUUCCGUCAUUCGCAGUCUCUUUCGCUGGAAGUCCAACACUGUGGACGCCGACAUUGACGCCGAUCUCGUUCGCCGCCACCUGGUAUCCGCUGCUCCGCCGGUACCUACCUCUGCCCCGGGAACUACUCGUGACAUCGCCCUUUAUCUGGCUCGCCGUAAAGAGCUCUUUGCUAUCUUCCUCGCUACCAAAGCGCUUGCCGUCAUUACCAAGGUUCUCGCACGCGACUCUUUAGGUGAAGCACAGGCGGCUGAAUUUGAGGAACAAACCUUCACCAUGCUGCUCACGUGCAUACGCGAAAAGGACAAGGACCGCACGCUUCCGCGCUCCGUCAAUCACAUCCGAGAUGCUUGCUUCCAGUCGGUCUCACAUCUCAUUGGCGAAAUUUCACGGGUGCGCUUUGUCACCAUCAGCGAUCGCUUUGUCGAGAUUCUCGAACAGUCGACCAAGGCGCCUACGAGCAAAAACGUCGAAGAUCUGCUGGUUGCUGCCAUUCAAAGUCUGCGCCACUUGAAGAUCACUACCUAUCCCAUGGAGUUAUUUGAGGAAGGCGCUGAGUUUGUCGAGGUCCUUGCACGCCACUACGCGCAUUGCCACGGCUUCCGCGUCAAGAGCGGAUUUGCGGAAGCAUUCGCCCACCUCAUGCUCCCUGUCGCACAGACUGCCUCGGCGGAAGUCAACCAUCCUACGUGGACCAAAGCCAUCGACACCAUCUGGCCACGCAUGACCGCCAUGGCUGCCAAACCACGCUACUGGAGUGUAGCCUACCCGCUCCAUGUGACCCUGCUUGCCGUCUCGCCCGAGGAGAAGCUCGCCUCCAACUGGUUUGCCUGCGUCGAAGCCGGCGUGGCCAAGCUCAAGGACCGCGUUCACCGCACUGUCGUGCUCAACGCUGCCGUGCGGCUGCUCUGGGCCUAUGCCUUUCGAUGUCACGAGAGUCAUACAAAUACACACAAAAAGCUAGAGGCAUUCUUCCGUCUCUGGUUCCCUUCCAAUCGACGCUCGUUGAAUCCUCCCGACAGCUCGCCAGACCCCUUCAUCAUGAUGGUCCACUACGCGCUCUAUCGUCAUUUCGACUUUGCACGCGAUCUGCUGCUCAAAUUUCUAUGCCAUUCAGCGCUGGGCGGCAGUACAAUCUCGCUGCAGUCAGACGUGUUGACAGGUCCACGAAUGACCAUCGCCAUUCGUGCCAUCCUGCUGACACUCGAUGCCCACGUCAAAGCCGAAUCGCCUCCUUUCCCAUCCAACGCCAACUUCCCUCGCUUCGACUUCGAAACGCUGCCCGAGGGCUGUGGCGAUGAACUCCCGGAAGGGUUCAAGUAUCCCAAAACUGAAAUUGGCGAUGCGCAGAACCAGUUCAACGAUCUCAUUUGCAAAAUCGCCCUACUCUGCGACCAUCAGAUCAGCGAUAUGACCAUUUUUGACGCUCGCACCCAUCUCUUUGCUCGCACCUCACCCAAUGCGGCGGCGUCAACCGCCGAGCGAGCUCUUCUCGAACGCGAUGUAUACACUUGGCGCUUUCACCGCGCCGCCAUGCUCAUGGCCGCCUACCCGCGCGAGAAUCAAUCCUCCAGCGAUCUCCUCCGCGCGUGUUUCGAGUCGUGGCCGAGAUGUCUCAGUGCCAACAUCUCUUUCUCGAGCGUGCUCGCUGUCCUUUUCCGCGCUCACUUUAGCGCCGAUCCUGAUCUCAGCAGAGCCUCAGCACGUGCUCUUAUGCGCAUUGCCAGCCAGCGACCUGGCGGCUCCUCUGCUGUCGUGUCCGGCUUCAUGCGAUGGGUCUUCCGCAUGGACACGGCUUUUUGGGAAAUUCAUCCGAAACAGAUGCUCGUCAUGCCCAAGAUUGAGGAGGCCAUUCGGCUCUGGAUCGAAUUUUUGCAGAUCUGGCUCACCGAGCUUCGCAUCCAGAACAGUCAGGCUGACCAUGGCGCGGCGGGACCGCAAAAAGGCUUCGAGAUGGAACGCACCAGUACGUGGGCAUUGAUGGACGAAGUGGAAGCGUAUGCGCUCUUCUUGCUCUGCUCGGCCUCUCGCUCUUUGCGUUCGUUGGCCAUCGAGGUCUUGCGGCUGAUUGCCGUACUUGACGAUGCCUUCUUAUCGCCCAGCCGUCGAGCUGCCGCCGAGCAAGCGCGGGCUCAAGGCGAGGAGGAGGAACCUUCUCGAAUUGUGCACCUCCUCGACAUGCCCUGCCAGGACUUUCUCGAUGCCAACGACCCGCAUCUCAGCUGGCAUCAGAUCAAUCACCUUGCUCGCUACAAGUCGCCGGAUCGCUCCACGUCGCUUAAGACCAUUGCAGAGAGCGAAAGGGAGAUCGAGCAGUCUCUUUGGUUCCACGCGCUACCACUUUUCCUGCGAAUGAGCCUAGAGCGCUUCCCCACAACGGUGGCCGUCUUCCGAUCUUACAUCACCAAUCGUGUGCUAGAGAUGGAUCACGUUGCUGUCUAUGCAGCUGAUAUCUCGAACCGCGCGCCAGCCAAUACCAUGUCCAGCGCCACCCUCAGCAAGUCGCAGGCAGCUUCGGCAGCCGCAGCGUCGCUUCACAGCUCUAGCUCCAUGGCCUCGUUGCGCGACGCGGCGGCUGCUGGCACAGCAGGCCAGGCCGAGACUCUGCUGAUGGCACAGCAUUGGCGGUUCUACGUUCUGGCCCUUUGCACCACCACGACUUCCACCGAGGGCUCGCGCGGAGGCGUCGUUGGCAAUCAUCGACGAAAGUCGAGUGAGCCUGAGACGGGCGAGCGCAUGAUCUCGGCGCGCGACCUCUUCCAAAAGCUCGUGCCCUUUUUGGCGUCCGACAACGAAGUCUUUCAGGAGGCCGUCGUCUUCGCCCUGGGCAACAUCAACGAGAACCACUAUCUCGCGCUGCUCGAGACCAUGCAAGCAUUGAGCGGAACCUUGAACGAAGACUUCAAGGUGCGUUCGGUGGCUCGUACCGGCCUGAAGCGGAACAGACGGCUCGACAGGCUACGCACCGCCUUGGCACACGUGCUCCAGCUCACCGCUCCACAUAUGGAGGUUCUCGACCAUCUCGACAAUGCAAAGGUAAUUGGCAUUGUCCACAAUUGGGUCAAAGACACGUUCCACUUCCUGACGGACCGUGAGAUCCGCCAAGACUGGGAGUUUCACAGUCUCAGACGCUACUUCUGCGGCGUGACGCAGCAUCUCUUCGACGGACUUGCCAAGAGGGGCUCGGCAGACUCGCAUUUCCCCUUUGAAAUUCGUUUGCGCAUGUUCCGCGUCUUUCGCGAUUGGCAUUCGUACAGCACGGUCAGCGAAGAUGGACGCAACAAGCUGGCCAACCUGCUUAGCACGGCUGCCGAUCAACAGAGGGACGACCGUGCAAAAGAGCGUGCAGUCAAAACGCUCAAUUAUGAGACGCAGGCGCUUUCGUAUCAGGCUGGAUGUGCCAUGGCGUCUCUGUGCCAAGGUGCCAUCUCUAUGGUCGGCGGACCGACUCCUGCACCGACGGGAGGAUCGUCGCUCGACCCUAGCUCGCUGCUUCACUGGCUUAGCAGCCUGUUCCAGACGAGCGACGAAAAGAAUCACGACCUGGCACGCAAGGCGCUGCGAUCGCUGCUCGUCUACAACGAUCAGAAUGCGAUCCUCAUCGACAGCACGGUGGAUCGCUGCAUUUCAGAGUAUGAUCGUGCGCUGGGCAAAAAGAGCCUUUUCGUCACAACCGCCGAAGUGGUGAUCGAAAAGGAGGACCUUUCCAUGCCGCUCCACGCCAUCUUCUGUCUCGGCCUGGUCAAACUUGGUCACCCGGACUCGAGCAUCCGCCGAAAGGCGCUCUCGGUACUCGACAACUGCAGCCGCCGCUUUGACGAGACGUGCUUCCUGGACGAGUUCGAGGUAGGGGUAUCGAGCCCGCUGCCCGCCAUCUAUCUGCGCGCACAGCGUGAUGUCAAUGCGCACCUCGCCAUGCACUUUGACGGCCUCAGAACGGCUAUGCUCAGCGAGUUCACGCGUCGUCUGCCCUUGAUCGAGGCUGCACGUCGUGCCACCAACUUGGGGCUGUUGCCAGAAUGGCUGCGUGGCCUCGUCCUGCACACUGCAGACGCAAGCCUCGAUAGUUAUCCGGCGGCCCCGCUCGAGGUGGUGCUGUACAGAGCAUUUCUGAACCUCUCGAACCUGUUCUGCCUCACGGUCAGGUAUGGCGACGAGCACAACUUUGAAAUCCAGGAGAUCUGGAGCAGCCUGGUGGCUGCCUCGGACGAUCUUCAAAGUGCCGACGCGGUGGUGGGCUUCUUGAUCGAGCAAGGUCUCCACUACCGAAGCGAACAGGUGGUCAACCACUCGAAGCGCGUCGUCUCGUGCAUCUCGCAUACGCAAGCGGGUCCCCACAUCUUCGAGCAGCUAUGCGCCAUGAUCGAACCGAGUCGCAUGAUCCAGGUACCGCGAACUGCGUCUGUCCCUGUGCCAGGCCCAGAUCACCGUCACCUUUUCCGCGCUGAUCUGACCAAGCUCUUGCCUGAGCCAGAGUCCACGCUUGCCUUUUCCGAGGGACAGCUGGCACUGUUCUACGUCGGGGAGAUGACGUACGAGCGACGCGAGCAGCUCGAGACGAGUCUACCGACGCUACUGCACGCCAUCUUCAUGCACAUCGACAGUCGCUCUGCCUUUGUGCGGCCGCAGAUGGUGGAGCUGUUGGAGCAGUUGAUGCGCUGCACCAUCUCGGUCGGUGCGAGUGCCACCAGCAAUGCUAGCAUUUCCGGCUCGUCGAUCCACAUAGUUGACUCGGAACGAAUCUCUGCUGCGAAGGCGCAGGUUGAACGCCUGUUUGCUCGCCGCACCUUUGCCAGCUGGGCAGCCGAGACGACGGAGGAAGAUUAUGACAACCAGUACAAGAUGCCCAAGCACCUGCUCAGUACGGCACACGACACGCUAUCGUUGAUCGAGCCCUUCUUCAUGUCGUUCCGCCAGGACUGGGGAUCUGUGGCACUGACAUGGGCGGCGUCCAAUCCCAUUCGACAUAUGGCUUGUCGGUCGUUCCAGGUCUUCCGCGCGUUGCAGCCUUCGGUGACGCCAAGCAUGAUGGUGACGAUCCUAGGCCGACUCGCCGACACGGUCUCUGAUCACAAACCGGAAGUGCAUCGGUUCACGCUCGAGGUGCUGUAUGCGCUCAACUUGGUGGUAAAACACUGCGAGCCUUUCAACCGUGAAUUUCUGGCUCAGACCUGGUGGGCAACGCUGGCGUGCUUGUCGACGAUCAACGAAGCCGAAUUCGCCGAGUCGGUGGCGAUCCUCGAAAAUUUGGUCGACCGGCUGGACAUUGGUUCGCCGGACGUGAUUGCGUUCCUGGUGCAAAAGUGCCCGGAAGGCUGGGAGGGUGAUGUUGGUGUUUUGCGUAUUCUCGUCUCGCGUGGCCUUCGCUCGAGCGAGACCUCGGCGCCGUCGUUCCGGCUUAUGGCAAAGCUGGCCAAGUGUCGCGAUCCGGCAUUGAUCGAUUUCGACAACAAGUGCCGUUUAGGGUAUCUGUUUGUUGCUGCAUUGCCGUGGUUCUUGCAGGUGACCGAGGAGAGUCUCAAAGCAGCAGGUGGGUCGGUCACUAGCAAGAGCGAUCCUCGCAACGCCACUGCUGCUUCUGGCGGCGGCGUCAAAAAGUCAGGUCGUGAGAGGGCAGGGGCUGCCUCGAGCAUCGCUAGCCCAGCCCUUUCGGCGGUCGAGACGCAGACGGUGUUGGAGAUGGCCGCCGACCUUGCUGCGACCGCAUCGCACCUCGAGAUGCGUGACUUUGAACGCGUCGCCACAUCGAUCUCUCGAUCGCGUUUCCGAACCAAGGACGACCUGGUGCGACAAGCUGUCAACUGCGUACGCUCGCACUACUUGCCCGAACAUGGUCCCGAGCUGGCCGUGUUGCUGCUGGGCGUGGUGCUGAACCGGCACGAAUGGAUGCGGAGGCAGGCGAUGCAGGUGCUCAAGAUUUUCUUCCAGGCGCUCGAUACACGCAAUCACGCCGCGUUUAGCAGUCUGGGGUCGGAACUGUUGAUGCCGCUGCUGCGCCAGCUGUCGACGCCGCUCUCGGCGCAGGCGCUCGAAGUGCUAGAUGAGCCGAUCGUGGUGCACGGCGGGCCGGCUGCUAACCAGAUCCUGCGAAUGAGUCUGCAGUGGGGAAACAUGAACUUCAACGGGCAGACGAGGGACUUUGUGCACGACGCAUCGAUCUUUGGUCCGCCGCAGGAGAGCGGGUGGGCGGUAGCCGAUCCGCAGGACAUGGCGACGCGCACGCGGAUCAACCUGCAGGCGCUGGUCAAGAUGUGUGAGCACACGCUCGACAUCAUCCCCACGGGCAAUAAUGUCAAUUUCGUCGUUGAUGAUGCGUACGAUGGCACGGCGGAGGGUGAUGGAGCUGGCUUUACGCUGGACGAGGCACCGGGUGUUGGGGGCGUGAGGAGCGAGGAAGCUCCACCACCAGCGGCUAGUUUGGGCGACCUCGUCAACCAGCUGCAUGAUUUGUCAUCCUUCUUUGGCGACGAUCCGAUGUCCAAGAGUCGACAGGUGUCGGUCAUGUGGCGUGAUUCGCGACUAGAUCGGUCUGGAUCGAUGCGCGCAGCGUCCGGAGGACUGGGACGUGCUUCGUCGGUGCGGUCGAAUGGGUUGAGUGCAGGAGGAAGUAUCGGGAGGAAUGGGUCAUUGCGCGGAGGCCCGCCGUAUAGUCGACAGGUGUCGCCGAAUCCCACUGUGGUGCCGGACUACUCUCGGGCGAUGCAGGAGGACGGUGGUGGUAGAGUAGGAGGAAUCUAUAGACCUGCGAUGGGCCGGGCGCGGACGAGCGACGAGGCAAGGGUUGCAGUCAGUGGUGUAGGAGAGCUAGGGGGCAUUGCUAUGGGCCGAUCGGCAAGCACGCUAUCGAGUCGCAGCGAAGGUGCAAGUUCGAAUCGCUCGCGGGCGCAGAUCGCCAAGAUCCUAGCCCGGUCAACGACACGCGAAAGCCCAACGACGCUGUCGCGGACCGACAGCGGCGGUGGACGCACAGCAUCGAUCGCGGAAGAGAACAGCAUCGAAGCACGUGAACGAUCGGUGAGCGUGGAUCAGCUGUCCGAGGCAAGUGGGUCGCAGAGCAACCACGGGCCUCUUGCGCGCCGGCCGUACGUGGUCACGCAUCACCAGCAGCAGCAUAUACAGCAUCAGCAGAGACCGUCGUCGUCGUCAACCUCGUCGGCGUCUGUUUCGCAUUCGGCGAGCGGUCAGCGGUGGAUCAACGCGAGUGGGGCGAGGGGGAGCUCGGCGGGCGGCGAGGGCAGGUUUCAGUCGGUUGCCAAGUCGGCUGUGUCCAACUUGAAGCAUUCCGGAGAUGAGUAG